AUGCAGGCACCGACGGCGACAUCCGCUGAUGAUGACGAGUUGGGCACUUCGCACAGGACCAUCGCGAGGCGUGCGCUACUUCACCGCACGUUUCGGCAGAGCCAGUAUGACAAGGUAAGGGCACUUCGUGCGAUCAUCGCUGAAGACGGAGCAGACGACGACCCCGCCGACAGGGGUAUCAACAGCAACAGCGGCAACAAUGACCGCGUCGGCGGCGGAACCUCCGGUAGGCCUCUUCCUGCGGGGCAAGAACUGGGGACAAGAAUGUCCUCGGCAGCCGCAAGAACAACGGCCACCCUGUCCGAGACUAAAGGUGCAGAUCACGAAGACAAUCGUGGUCAAGCGCAAGACGAAAAGGAAGAUCUCGUCCACAUACCUGACGAAUCCGCGUAUGUAGCAGCAUCGACGCAGUUAGUUCCGCCGGUAUCGGCAGCAGGAGCCACGCUCGCUGCAGAAGGGGCUACGCGGCAUGCGUCAGGGGUAGCUGGCGACCACGGCAUUCGGAGCAACGGCGAUGACAACGGUCGUAGUCAAGCCCAUGACGACACCGCGACCGUUGAGCUGAACAAGUACCUGUGGCGUCUGGAAGAGAAACGGCACCCUCUUGGGGGCUGCGACACCAGCGUUCCCCCUAUCAGGGACAACCAGGGGGAAGCAGGGCAGCCGUAUCAGCAACAGAGCUGGGCUUCCAGGGAUGCGACAACUAAGGUCCUGUCAGCAAGGGAUGUCAUGGACAGGAGGAGCCUCCUGGAAUACGCCGCCGCGCUAGGGAAGGCGUCGCACUUCGAAGACCUCGCGCUCUGGCUGAGAUGGAAGCUCGGCGUGGGCGGUCUUGUGAACCAGCUCCGAGAGCCCGGCGUGGACGGAGCGCCCCUGCUGUUCCAGGCGGUGAACAUCGACGAGUGCUUCAAGGCCGUCACGAAGGUGCUUUUGGACACCCUGGGGGCUGGCGGUGUGGCGCAGCAGAUCAGGGCGACGGAUCAGAAGGGGAUGACGCUGCUUAUGCACGUGGCGCGCUUCGCCGGCAGCGUGGAGGUCUUCUCGAGCGCACUGCACUUGGUGAAGACUCUCACAAGCAGGCAGCAGGGGCUGUGCCAUUUGCGGGCGAGGGAUGCGGAGGGUAGGACCCUCGUUCACCACGCGGCAGAGGGCCGGACGGAAGAGAUGCUACCCAAGGUGAUGGAAGUGGUUUCGAGAGCGGACCUGUGGGUAAUCGACGAGAGCGACAGCGAGAGCACCGACCUCCGGCAGUACCUCAGCACACGCACCGACAGGCACGGGCGGAGCCCCGCUCUCUGCGCGCUGGGGCGGAAAGGGAACCCAAGGGCAAGCCUAGAGAAGAGCAUCGAUGUUCUGCUAGCUGGGGCGCCGCCGAGUGGUUCCACCGCCCUCGUCAACAACGGUGCUGAUGCUGCAGAGGGUAAUCUCCCCGUUCCCGCCGCGAGUCCGGCGCUGAGUCACCGUCUCCGCUUGAUGUUCCAAGCGCCGGAAGGCGGUGGUGGUAAGGGGGGACGAGGGAACAGCCCCUUGUGUUGGGUCCUGCAUGCCGCGCGCGGUGGGAUCGAGGCCUUCAACCUCGCCUAUGAUGGCAUCAGGGGACAAGAGGAGAAAUCGAACCGAAGGUCCGACCUUGACCUGGUCAAGGCUCUGGCGUUCGGUUUCCCGUCAUCGCCACCCUUCACUCCCGAGGAGUUCGACAAGAGAUGCGCCAAGCUCUUCGCUCAGGCGGCGCUCGGAGGGGACCGUGCCGUGUUGGAGCGAGUAGCGUCCGGCCUUUGCAGUGGAGCCAUACCGUCUGACAAGCGCGAAAGGUACUGGGCCAUAAAGGCGGAUUACCCCUUGGACCCGCCAGAUUUCUUGCGAGCGGCGCACCAAGCCGACCGUAUGUCGGCCGAGGACUACACCAAGAAACACCACGGGUUUGUCGAGGAUGAGUCGGUUGGCGUGGGUGCGGCUAUCAUUCCCGGCGCCUCCGCAACCACUGCGGGCAGCAGUGGCAGCACCGAUGUUGGACUUGUUGGCGAGGCUACGGACAGCGCCGACAAGGGUGGCCAGAACAACAAGUUGAAGGGGUCCUUGUUCGCGCUGACGAUUCUCUCCGGGAGCAAGGAAGCCGUUCGCUGGGCCGCCAAAUUUGUGCGCGACAACUCCAGCAACGCGGAUGAGGCCGCGAUAACAAAGUGCAACAGCGUAGCCGGUGGUGAUGGAAGUGAUGGUGUCGCCGGUGAUAGUGUUCAUCUACGUGCAGAGGCGGCCGACAAGCUUUUCAGAGAAGAGCUCUUGUUGCGGAUGCCGUCGAAGCCAGUCUCUCCCUCGAGAGCAGCCGAUGAAACCGAUAUCACCGGUGGCGGCGGCGAGACGAAGAUGGAGGAGGGGCAGACCCCGAAUGCCGACGCGGCCUCAAUGAGGAGACACUUCACACCGCUGGCAGGCGCCGUGUUCUGCGGCAACGCAGACAUGUUUAAGAAAGUCCUCCAUGCGUACAAGGAGGGCGCGCAUGGCGGCUCUAACACCGGCGGUGGCGGCGGCACCAACACACCUGUCGGGUUUCCGGAAUCAGAGAUUAUCGCUCAGACCGCGGCCGUGCUUUCCAACCACACGUACAAGAGCAAGGAGACUGACGAGGACUCAGGGCCGAUGGCAGCCUACGAAAGCGGACCUGGAGACGGCGGCACCGAGAUGGUUCCCCCUGAGGUCAGGCUCCUGCUGCGCGGCUGCUGCGGGCCGGAGGCUAUGCAAGAGGUGGUUGACGAGGUCGGGUCGGGGCAAUUCAGCAAGGCGGUGGAGCAGGCAGAGUGGAUCGACUCUCUGUCAACCGCCAAACAGGCUGCGGCGGAAGGGACCUUCGACGGACUCAGAGCCCUGAUCGAGAAGGGCUGGAACUGCCACGCCCACCUCGCUACCCUCAUCGGUGAUAUCGGGGACGCCGAGGAGCAAGUCAUCGCCACGGUUAUGUGUGCCGUCGAGAAUUCCAGCAAUCCGUUCGUCACAAGCGCCAUCGCCUCCGUCUGCAUGGCCAAACAUGGACGAGAUUGCUCGAAAGAUCGCCUCGGGCUGGCCAGGCUGCAAGAAGAAAUCGACCAAUUCACAACUGAGCUCCUGGGGAAGCUUCCUCAAACCGUCAAGGGGGUGGGUCUAGAGCUAAUCAGUUCCUUCGAGCAGCCUGACCUCGGAAAAAAUGAUGAGCCCGACGGCGAGGAGGAACCAGCGACCGAGGCCGAGCUUGCGCGGAGAAAGAACAUCAUGGCCAACCACGUCGGCUACAUUGCCGUGGUUGUCCACUGCUUGAUCUUAGACUGGGAGGGCGGGGGGAUUAAGGACAUCAAGCAGAUCGCAAUCGCUUCUCAGCAAGCCCUUGACGAGAAGGCGUUUGCCCUCUGUAGUGUCUUGGGAGCAUGUGUAAGCUGGCUAGUGUCGAAGAUGAUUUCUGCUACCCUGCAGGACCUCGACCCUCUUCAGCAGGCGCUAACGAAAGGUUCCGACGCGCAUGACUUCAUCAACGCUCCUCUGGUGCUGGACUACCUGGAACUCAAGUGGAAGUGUACGACGCCGAACCUAGACCGCCGUAAUCCUCUCGACUACACCAUCAACGAGGGCUUCUCCACCUACCGCAGCGGCAACGGAAAAUACACCCUCCCCGAAAAGGGCGUGGACAUCGGGGACACUUUUCUCGAACGCGGCGGGACAACGGCGGAAGAGUCGCUCCUAAGGCUCCUUCAGGGGUGGGACAGGGGGCCGACGAGGGUGCUCCGUUUCAAGGAGAAACACCUGUUGCACGGCUUCCCGCACACCACGGUUCUGCCGGGCACUCAGUUCCUGUUGGCCGGUCUCCUCGGAAAGCCCACCGAUUUCUUCUUGGUCCCAUUCGUGCGGUUCAUGUUCGAAACAUUCAGCUACCUGGUGAUGCUGGGCUUGUACUGGUCGAGCGUGGCCAUCCAGUACAGUGACAUCAUCCCUGCGGACGAGAUAUUGUUCUACCUUUUCGCCGCGGGCUUGUUGUUUCGGGAGAUUUUGGAGUUUCGCGACGCCCUUCCUCCGUCGGUAUCAUCGUCCUCGAGCCCCACCUCCUCCCCCUCUGACGCCACAAUGUCGUCGGACGAUGGUGAAGAUCAUGGUUCCUCCGAGCCGGAUUCCUUAGCAGCGAGGGCGAGGGAAGAACGGUCCGGAUUAUCGCAGCGCCGCGUUACGUCGGGCUUGAGGAGGUACUUUUCGAAGGACAACUGGAACAUCUUGGACACGGCGUCCAUUUUCUGCGUAAUGUUGGCGUUCAUCUUCCGCAUUAUCGCGUACAUCGCGGACUUCGCCCAGGCUGCCACCACCAUUCUUGGCAACACCUUGAUAGGACAGGCGUUUUUCAUAGCACGGUUCUCUCUCGCCGCUAUCGCGCCUCUCCUCUUCGCGAGGGUGCUCUCCCUGGCCCAGGUGGACAACACGUUCGGCCCCAUGACGCAGAUAAUCUGGAACAUGCUGUUUCACCUCGCGCGUUUUUCGGUCUUCAUGUUGGUGGUGAUGGUCAGCUUUGCACUGGCGUUCCACUCGCUCUACUCUGACCCCAACUGCAGUGAGGGGGACGAGCUGUUCGAGUCGUACAGGACGCUCAGAGAAUCCCUUCUCGACAUGUUCAGAUCUAUGCUCGGAGACGCCAACUUCGACCGUUUCGAGGCGGACAGGAACUUGACUUGCACCGGCCCCUCCUGGGAGUUCGACGCUGGCAUCACGCUCCUCACGAUAUACAUUGUCCUGCAAGCGAUUCUGAUGCUCAAUCUGUUGAUCGCCGUACUCAGCACUGUCCACGACACGGUCAGCGAGAACGCUAUCACGGAGUUCCACCUAGCCCGCAGCCAGUUCAUUCAGGCGAGCGCGGCCUCGGUGGAGGGUGGCCGUCUCCCGCCGCCGCUAAACCUGCUCAUGGCGGCCAUCCUGAUCGUGGUGGAUGUCUUCGGCGAGAUCUGCCACUGGGUGGGCAAAUCUCUUCGUUUUCUUUCCGGCUGCGGGAAGGCUCGUCCUGUGGCCUCCUCCGCCGCCGUCCCCGCCAGCGGUGGUGCCGGUAGUGACCCUCGCCGGCGCCCCGAAGAACGAAAGGGGCCGGGCAUGAUAUCGGCACGGGAUGUCGAUCCUGUUAUGCCCGGCGCUGCUGCGGGUUUCACCGCCCCGGCUGCUGCGCCUGCCUUCGACGCUUCGGAAGACGAAGUGAAGGGAGAGAGUGGUCCUGGUGUUGGCGGUGGCGGCAAUAUCCUUGUCGGCAACAAUGCUAAAGCUGCUUCCUCAGAAGCAUCACGUGACAGCGGCGACGGGUUGGUGCCCAUGACGGAAUGGCCGAUCGCUAAGCGAGCGGUGGGGGGCUUGGAGAGGCUGCUGUUCGCGCUCACCAUGGGCCCCGUCGCCUUGGCCCUGAGCUCCGUCCUGUGGGCGAUCUCGAUCCCGUCACUGGCGGGGCGUAUAGUGCGGUGGAUGCUGGUGAGCUCACUGACGCAGUUAGCUGUCCUAUCGAUACGCGAACCACAACGCGGUUCCUGCCGUUCCUCUUGA